AGGAGGAUCAGAAUAAGCGAACUUCCGUCGUCUGAAAAUAUAAGAAGUUGAAAGAAUACUCUUUUUAUAUGUAUACACGUGUUUUUGUUUUGAAAAAACUUGUGUGAUAUUAUCAAAAAAAAAAAUGAAGUUCUCAUACAAGUUUAGUAAUUUACUUGGUACAGUUUAUCGUAAAGGAGAAUUACUCUUUUCUCCAGAUGGAGCAUCAGUGAUCAGUCCUGUAGGCAAUAGAAUUACAAUAUUUGAUUUAAAAAACAAUAAAUCUAUGACGCUUCCUGUGGAAAGCAGAUUUAAUUAUGUUACUGUCGAUAUAUCGCCAAAUGGCAGUAUGUUAGUUGCGAUUAAUACAGAUGGUGAAGCUCAUAUAAUCAGCUUAAUAAGUAAAGUUAUUCUACAUAAAUAUAGAUUUAAAGGGCGUCCUAAGCGUGUAAAAUUUUCUCCAGAUGGAAAGCAUUUCGCAGUUUGUAAAGGAGGUGGUGUUUUUGUUUUCAAUGCACCAGGUUUGCAAACAGGAAAUUAUAAUCCAUUUAUUAUGGAACGUGCAUUUCACGGAGCUACUGCUGAAACUACAUGCAUUAGUUGGUCCUUUGAUUCAAAACUAUUGGCAGUUGGUUCAAAGGAUACUACUAUAAAGAUAUAUAGUUUACAAAAAACGGCGAAUCUUAGAUGGAUUACAUUGGGUGGGCAUUCUGAUGUGAUAGUAGCAUGUUUCUUUGAAAGUAAAGAUUAUGACAUGUAUACUAUUAGCAAAAAUGGUCGACUUUGUGUGUGGGAAUGUACGCUCGAACCGGACGAUUGGGUUGAAUGGCAACCACCUGCAAAAAAAGAGAAGACUAAAGGUAAUGAGAGUGAUAGUGAGGAUGAUAUUGACAUAGAGAAAAUUAUAGAGAGAACAGAAAAGCAAAAAGCUCGUGCUGAACGUAAACUAUUAGAAUCAGAUGAUUUGCUGGAAAAUGGUGAAGAAGAGGAUGCUAUGAAAGAAGAAAGUACUAUCAAAAAGACACAAAUUAAGAUGCUAGGUUACAAAAAGGAAGCUACUUUUUAUUUAGGAAACGAAGUCCAGAAGCAUUAUAAGGAAGCAAGGCUUACUACAGCUGCUUAUCAUCAAGACACUCAUAUAUUAGUUAUAGGUUUUAAUAUAGGUUCAUUUUAUUUAUACGAGAUGCCGCAUGCAAAUUUGAUCCAUUCAUUAAGUAUUUCUCGACAACGUAUUUCAUCAAUCGCAUUAAAUUCCACUGGAGAUUGGAUAGCUGUAGGAUGUUCCCAUGCUGGUCAGUUAUUAGUUUGGGAAUGGCAGAGCGAAACAUACGUCAUGAAACAGCAAGGACAUAGAACUAAUAUGAACUGUCUUGCGUAUAGUCCCGAUGGCCAAUACAUCGUAACGGGCGGCGACGACGGAAAAGUCAAAUUAUGGAAUACGCUAAGUGGAUUUUGCACGCUCACGUUUCACGAACACGCCUCGUCGAUAUCCGGCGUUCUCUUUAGCCACAACCGUAAAUUUAUCGCAUCUGCCUCGUUGGACGGAACGAUACGAGCUUAUGAUUUAGCGAGAUACAGAAAUUUUCGAACUCUUACGUCGCCACGGCCGGUGCAAUUUUCUUGCUUGGCAAUCGACGCGAGUGAUGAGUUUCUCGCAGCGGGUGGUCAAGAUUUCUUCGAUGUGUACCUGUGGAGUAUGAAGCUCGGAACUCUUUUGGAGAUAUUGAGUGGUCACGAGGGACCUAUCGCAAGCUUGGCGUUCAAUCCCAGUCCUGCCAGUACAGAACUGGUAUCCGCGUCUUGGGAUAAAACAGUGAAAAUAUGGAAUGCCGUCGAAAAUGGUUCUGCGCACGAGACUAUACGAUUGAUCGCUGAUGCGUUAUGUGUCACUUACAAACCGAAUGGAGAAGAGAUUGCUGUUGCUACGUUAGACGGACAGAUUACGUUUUUCGAAUGUAAAACGGCAAAACAAACGGGAUUCAUUGAGGGCAGAAACGAUCUAGGUGCCGGUAGAUCUAAAACAGAUCUUAUUACAGCAAAGAAAAAUUUGCAGGGCAAAGCUUUCACUACUUUGUGUUAUUCGGCUGAUGGUACGUGCAUAUUAGCCGGUGGUCGUUCCAAGAACGUAUGCAUUUAUAAUGUUAAAGAAUCAAUAUUGUUGAAAAAAUAUGAAAUCACUCAGAAUAGAUCUCUGGAUGGCGUGGAUGAUGUUAUAAACAGGAAAUACAUGUCCGAAUUUGGAAACAGAGCCUUAAUUGAACACCGUGAAAGUGGAAACAUAUCGUUACGAUUACCAGGAGUCAGGAGUGGCGAUAUGGCAAGCAGGAGAGUCAAACCGGAAGUGAGAGUACUUUGCUUACAAUUCUCUCCUACAGGACAAGCAUGGGCUGCUGUAACAACAGAAGGUUUAUUGAUAUAUUCUUUGGAUAUUGGAUUGAUGUUUGAUCCAUUUCAAUUGGAACUUGGGAUCACUCCAGAUACUGUAAAAGAAACACUUGAUAAACAUGACUAUACAAAAGCUCUAAUGAUGGCAUUGAAACUAAAUGAAAAACUACUAACACAACAAGUUAUAGAAGCUAUUCCGUACAAAGAGAUUGAGUUAACGACGACGGGUAUGCCAGACAUUUAUGUGGAGAAAUUACUGAAAUUUAUAGCGUCCGGAUUGGAAUCAACCAGGCAUGUACAUUUCUAUCUUCUAUGGAUAGAAACAAUCUUGACAAAACAUGGAUCGCGAAUUAAUACUGCACUUCAGAUGCCAGUAUUAUUGAUGCUACAUAAGAAUAUGCAAAAGAAAUAUGACGAUUUGAGUAGAAUAUGUGAUUUUAAUCAAUAUACAAUAAGUUAUAUAUUGAAAAUAGGGGAAUUAAAAUCUGCAAAAAACGUAUCAAGAUAUUCCGCUACUACGAUAGACGAUGAAUUUUUGUCUGACGUUUUUAUAGAAAAAAUGGACACUGAUUGAAUCUUAUUCAAAUUUUAUAGAAUGAAGACAGUGUAUAUAUGAAAUUGUUGUGCAAGA